UUGAUUUUUAGGGAAACCGUAUCGUAUCGUAUUGGUAUUUACUGCAAAGCACUUUAAUCUUAUAUAAAAGAUGUUUUAAUUUAAAUAUGGAAGAGUCUAAAAACGAAACUCUGGACCUCGCAAGGCGUGGGUUGAAGAAAAUAGAGAAAGCGCCUGCAGACGAAUCUAAGACGAUUAUUAAUUUAAUCCUCGAUCAGAAUGAGUUGCAGAGACUUGACAACAUAGACACCUAUAAUCGUGUUGAAAACCUGUCAAUAUGCAACAAUUUCCUAAUGCGUAUGCAUGGGGUGUCCCGUCUGACCAAUAUCCGCAUACUUGCCCUGAAUAAUAACAAUAUACUUCAGAUUGAAGGCCUGAAGGAUUUGAUUUACCUGAAAGUACUAAAACUAGCUGGUAACAACAUCAAGUCGAUUGAGCAUUUGAACAACAAUAUGCAUUUGGAACACCUUGACCUGUCUAACAACCAAAUAUCAUUUAUUGCUGAUAUAUCAUAUUUGAAACACCUAAAGCAUUUAGGCCUGGAAAGAAACCGCAUUAUCGACCUCCGUCAAUGCGACCGCUACCUUCCUCCACAUUUGGAACAUCUUGGGCUCGCACAUAAUAACAUUCAGGAUUUAAACGAGAUCUGUCACCUGGUGCAUCUGAACAAGCUUGACAGUUUCACCGUUCAAGGCAACCCUUGCGUCGCAAUGGCUGGCAAAGACAAAUUAGGGUUCGACUAUCGGCCGUUUGUGUUGAACUGGAUUAUGAGCGUUAAGUCCAUUGACGGCUUCGUCGUCAGUGCUAUGGAGAGUUUAAAAGCAGAAUGGCUGUAUAGUCAGGGUAAAGGUAGACAUUACCAUGCCGGGCAACAUCAAGAGCUGUGCGAAUACUUAGCGUCCACGUGUCCGCUCACCGCUGACGCUUUAGAGACGGAGGACCAAAGAAAACUACGCCUUAUUCUAAGCAAAGCUCAGCAACACCAGCAACAAUUGAAAGAUCAAAACCACAGUUCUUUGAAACCGAAGUUACAAUCGCCCAGAGUUCAAUCUCGCAUCGCCUCACGUCAUAUGGGCAGGUCGCCGGAUCGGUUGACAUCCAGUUACCAUUCAGCGAUGUCAAAAACAAAUUCGCCCUCCCACCAAAUGUCUAUGUCUUGUUCCGGAGACAUAGCAGGUGUACCACAAGUGAUGAGCCAGAGUUUUGAUUCGCCCGGUCUUAUGUACGCGUUGGAGAAAAAGGACAAAGAAAAGGAGAAAGAAAAAACGUCAGAGCAAUCCCCACCUAAACCAGUGAACCAUUCAUUGGAAGCAGCAUCCAAGAUGGUUCCAGUUCCAGAAUCCCUCAUGAGUCCGGACUAUCAGGACCCCAUAUAUGACAUCCAAAGGACAAUUCCGAAGCCCACUAACAACUCUGUCAAUAGCAUCUCGAACACUUCUUCACAAUCAAGCAACAGUAGCUUGCACGAAGAGAAACCUCACAGGCAAAUUGUUCAACCAAACAAAAACAUAAGAGGAUCACCGAAACUAACGAAAAGUGCCACUUCCAGUCCAAAAUUAAAGUCUAAAAUGGAACGGAAAUGCAGUCUACCUAAAUCUGAAGUUAAAGAAGAUAAAAAGAUCAAUGGUAUUACAAAAGAACAAUCUACGGAUGAAAUAGACCAAGACAAAUUGGAGAUAAUCAAAUUAGCAUCAAAUCAAAGGCGACAGAAGAAGAUGAGCGUCGAGUCUAUGGCCGCGGUUACUAUACAAAAAAUGUGGAGGGGGUACAGAAGUAGGAAUCUCAAUAAGGACACGCUGAGGAUACUGCAUGCUAUACAGGCGGCUAGAGCGAGACAACAUAUACAGAGAUUGACAUGCGACAUGGAAGCCACUAAAGCAGCUCUAGAGAGCGAGAGAAAAAUACAACAGUUGCAGAUGCAGGCCAUCAACGCGCUCUGGAAAAAAGUCUCCACGCUACAAUCUUCUGAGCCACAUAAACAGAAGACGUGCGACCUAGAAGAUAGCACGGAGGCAGUACGUCAGCUGACCGAGACGUGCGCCCGUCUGCAGCGGCAAGUGGCCGAGCUGCAGGGGUGUAUGCAGGAAGUGGUGCGGUGUGUGUGCACGCACACGCGUGCACAGGCCGCCACGCAGACUGAGCUCACGUGCGUCACCACGCCCCAACCGCAGGAAGAACGGCAUAGUUGGCUGAAGAGACCGCAGUCAUUGCCGUUGACUGCCGCCUCUGCACCCGCACCUGAUAUUCCUCAACCAAACGAACCACCAAUCGAUAAACCCAACGAAAUUGACUCUAUCGACAUAGAACGCACAGAGUCCGUUAUCGAAGAAGAUAAAUCAGCGGGAGCCAGUUUAGAAACCGAUCGAGACCGCAGCGUGAUCGUUGAUUGAUGGUUAAGCAAAACCAUUCUUAUUACUGUAGAAUAAGGUGCGGUGGUGCAGCUGAAGCAAAGCUCUGUAUGGUGGCUUGGUAGGAGAAAAGGUAUAUUGUUAAAUGUCGGUGUUUGUAGGUGUGGCAGUAUCGUUGUGCAAGCCUAAAUUAUUUUGAUCACUUCGUCCAUUUCGAAUUAUAAAAUAAUUUACUAGAAAAUUGAUAGCAGAUCUAAAAAAAAGUUAAUUAUUGAGUGAAAAAGAAUAAAAAAUUAUAUAAAUAAAUGCGUAAGUGAAGAAAAUAAUCGAAUGUUUAAAUUAAUUUAAAUUCGUUAGUUAACGUAAAAUGGACGGAGAUGAGUAUAAUCAUUGAUAAAUUGAACAGCUAGUAGUGCAAUAUCUGUUGUCGAGUAGUUGAAUAUUGAAAAACGGAAGUUGAAUUUUAUAACAGAGGAGAUAACGCUUUCGCUGAAUUUUUCUUGCCAGUGCAAAUCCUGACAGAAUAAUCUAAAGUAUUGAACAUUAGUUAAGUAAAUCACGUGUUGCCAGCCUUUUAUCGUCAUUAGUGUCGCCAA